UUGCCUCCGAAAUAUCCCACUGUGGUGACAGCUGAGGCCGUGAUGUACCCUUCACUAGAAGAAGAAGAUGCUGCUGACUGGAGCUGCAGUAACACACGAAAGUACCUUACGAGUUAUCGAUAUUGAGAAAAAUGCUGGUGUGGUGGGCCCUUCGUGGACGUGGGCUGUACCUCCCGUCCUGGUUGUGCUACUCUUCGGCCUCCUGCUCGCCUUCAUCCUCAUCCCAGCGCGACAGUCAGGUCCCGACAUCUGGCUCUGGUUGCUGCCUAUUGUCGGGCUUUUCGCGCUUUUCUGCCUCCUCAUGGUCUUCAUUCUGCAGGACCACAGAGCAGAGGCUGAAUUCUUGAAGAACGCUUUACCCAUCGACUCCAAGGGGACUGUUAGCUCACCAGGAGAGCCACAACAGUUCCUUAAGGCAAAUUCUUCAAGUCAGCUCACAAACCGUAUCAACUCCGAGGCAUCAGCUGAAAGUGAAAGAGAAAGAAACAACUGAAAUGAUGCCGACAGAGCAGCCGAUGAACGUGAAAGGCGGAAGAUAGCUCACAAGGACUGGGACUCCGCUGUCCUCGGAACAUGACAGCGCAGUGAUGCCUGGCAAGGACGGUUCCCAUCAGGGGCCCGUUUAAUAGUUCUUUGUUUAUGUGAACUAAAUCAAAUAUUGUUAA